UGGAAGACGAACGGCGGCAACCCCCCGUCCCAACUCGGCUCAAGAAACCCCUCCGCCCAUAGUUCCGCACGGCUCUCCGAUCGAAAUGGCCAAGCCUGCUGCGCGUCGGUGGCCCAAAGUGCGCACCUUUGCCGAAGAGCCGCAGGAGCCCAAGCAGCCUGCAGAUGCCUGGCCCGUGGAGGUCCGCCAGGAGCCCUUCGCGCUGAAGCGGGCCAUCUUGCUGGCCCACCAAUUGACUCACCGGGCUGGGGCGCUUGGGACCAAGUGCUGUGCGGAGAUGCUGCAGGUGGUUUUGCCGGCCAAGCAGAUCGAAGAGACCCUUCAGGGCCUUGUCGCGAAGACGGCCCCGGCCAGCUGCACCCCAGUGGAGUCGGAGAUGGAGGUGCAGGUGCUGAGGCUGUCAGGAUCCAUGGAGAACAUCCCAAUGAAUGGACUGGAGACUAUCCUGGAGCUGAAGGCAAAGCUGACUGAGAGGAUCGGAGUCCCUGGUGGCUGGCAAGUGCUGCUGCGCGAGGACGGGCUGGAGCUGGUGGACGAGGAGAAGCUGGGCGCCUACUUCGAUUCCCAGAAAGUCAGCCUGCGGCUGCAGGUCUUUAAGCUUCGAGACGUGUGCCGGGAGGCCGUCUUCGGCAAGCGCCGGCAUGCGGCGCUGUGGGAGCUCCUGGCGGCGCCCGAGCGCGGGACGAGCGCCGCGGCGGCCGCGGCGGGGAAGCUCUUGACGCAGAAGCCGUCGCGAGGGGGCGAAGAGAAUCUUUAUGCGCAUCCAGACGCUCUUCGAGUGCUGGCAAGGACCUUACCUCUCAUCGACGCGGGGCGCCUCAUGGCGGAGGUGUGCGACUUCGGGGAGAGGGAGCUGCAGCAAGUAGCGGCCGAGGAGUUGGCGCGGAUCUUCUACGAGGACUCCGCCGUCGCCGCCGCUCUGCGCGAAACUGCGGGCGAGCGGCACCUCUCAAAGCGCCUGAGCGCAGCCUUGCUGGAGGCCGUGCUGCAGAAGCCGAGGCCACGCGAGAGACCUGCCGCGGAUCCCAUGCCCACUUUGCCUUCUCGGGAUGUGGUGGACAUUGCGCAGGCGCAUUGUAGCAGCUACCUGAACAUGGCCAAGCGGAUGCCGAACGGCUGGCACUUCAAAUCCGUCUGCCCCACCACGGUGCAUGGCGCCAACUUCCGUAUGAUGGACCACUUGGCCACUGAGACCGCGCGAAUCUGUGAGAAGCUCCAGCUUCCGACCGACGCAGUGUCCGCUCGCUUGAGCUAUGCCUUCUUCAACACCUAUGGCGCAAGUAGCACCGCUUCGGAGAACGCGGACUUUGUGGCGGUCUGGCUCGACCCGGGAGGCCUGUUCCCGGAGGCGGAGCAAACGGCGGCGGAGCUGUGGUGCGCCGUGGCGGAGUUGCACCGCCGGAUGCCCGCAGAGCACACGCGCAUGGCGCUGGAGUGCGCAGCUCAGCUCGCAGGCCCAGGGGAUGAGCGCGUCUUGGCGGCCGCCUGCUGGACCGCGGGGCAUCAGGACGCCGCGGUGAGGGAUCAGGCCCUGGAGGCGUUGCAGCGAGUGGCAAAGGCGAGCCAGCUUCCAGCGAUCGAAGACAUGCUGCAGCGCUGGUGGGCAGGGGAUUGCCAUGCUCGGCGCAUUUCAGCUGAGAUCAAGGCAUUUCUGACAUCCUAGGCACGGCUUGAAGUCCUUACUCCCUGAGUUGAUGGCCUUUACUCGCUCUUUUGGCUUGGGAAGGCCAUUUGAGUGCACAAAACGUGUGCUUGCUUCUUUGACCAGGAAGUGAGACUCAUGCAUUGAAGUCUAGUUGGUCUCUAGAUCCCAGUUGUUCAAUGACGCCCUGCCUUUGUUUGGGGGGUU